CCCCUCCCCCGCGUCUGCUCCGCCAUUUUCCUAAAAGCCAACAGUUCUCUGUGCUUUUACCGUACAGUUUCUCUGUCUGGUAAUACCAGCUUUCUUGAUUUUUCCUUAACAAAUUCAGGUUUGCUAAAACCUUCAUCAGCGCAUCAAAAUGUCGAGCGAGCAGGGUGACAACAAUACCGAGACAACUACCGAGCAGCAGCAACAGCAGGAAGAAAUCAACGGAAAACCCAAGAAUGGGUCCAGUUCCAGCAGGAAGGAGAGACCCCCUAAGAGAGGUGGAGGUGGUCGCUUUGAACCUUAUGGCAACUUGAACAAGAGAUACCGAGUGUUUGUCAGCAACAUCCCCUACGACGUGAAAUGGCAAGCCCUCAAAGACCUAAUGAAAGAGAAAGUGGGUGAUGUAACGUACGUGGAUCACUUAAUGGACGCAGAAGGCAAAUCGAGGGGUUGUGCUGUUGUUGAGUUCAGGACGGAAGAACUUAUGAGGAAGGCGGUGGAAACUGUCAACAAGUACAACUUCAAUGGCCGUCCUCUUAAAGUCAAGGAGGACCCUGAUGGUGUCAUUGCUCAAAGAGAGAUAAGCAAGUCUCAACAGGGAGGUCACCCAGGAGGCCAUGGAGGAAUGGGGGGCAUGGGAGGAAUGGGCGGUAUGGGGGGUAUGGGAGGAAUGGGGGGCAUGGAUCGCAUGGGACCUGGAUCAGGAGGCCCGAUGGUCAACAUCCCUCCCAGCCUGUUGAACAACCCCAACAUCCCCAAUGAGAUCAUUCAUGGUCUUCAGACUGGCAGGAUUGGAAGCACUGUAUUUGUAGCCAAUCUGGAUUACAAAGUGGGAUGGAAGAAGCUGAAAGAGGUAUUCGGCAUGGCAGGUGUUGUCGUGAGGUCGGACAUAUUGGAGGACAGGGAUGGGAAAAGCAGAGGAAUGGGCACUGUGACGUUUGAAAUGCCCAUUGAGGCAGUCCAAGCUGUCUCUAUGUUCAACGGGCAGCUCCUGUUUAACAGGACCAUGCACGUCAAGCUGGAUGAGAAAUCCCUCCCCAAAGAUUUCGGACAACCAGAUAGAGGGUCCUCUCUUCCCCGUGGACUGAGUGGUAUUGGUUUGGGCCUGGGUCCCGGUGGUCAGCCUAUUGAUGCUACCAUGCUCAACAGAGGCGGCGGCAACGUUGGUGGGAUGGGAAACAUGGGCCCCGGAGGAAUGGACAACAUGGGAUUUGGCAAUGUGGGCGGUCGCAUGGGAGGAGGAAUGGACAACUUUGGCGGAAUGAACAUGGAUCGGUUCGGUUCCUCUGGAAUGGGCAGAAUGAAUGGAAAUUCCCUUGGGAUGGACCGCAUGAGCUCUGGAAUGGACCGGCUAGGAGGCAGCUUGGACCGGAUGGGAGGAAUGGAUCGGAUGGGCAUGGAGCGGGUUGAUCGUGUGUCUGACCUGGACAGGAUGGGGUCCGGCUUUGACCGCAUCGGCUCUGGGAUGGACCGCCUUGGGCCAGGGAUGGACAGGCUUGGACCGGGCCUUGACCGUAUGUCAUCAAGCAUGGACCGCCUCGGCCCUGGAGGAUUUGAUCGACUUGGCCCAUCUAGUUUGGAUCGCAUGGGGAGCAGCAUGGACUUUGGCUCCUCCAUGGGUAUGGAUCGCAUGGGCAACACCGGGCUCGACAGGAUGGGAAGCAGCUUCGAUCGCAUGGGAUCUGCCGGAGGACUGGACCGUUUCUCUUCUGGUGGCCUUGACCGUAUGGGCACUGGCAUGGAGCGCAUGGGAUCUGGCAGUGUUGGCGGUCAGUUUGACCGCUCCGGAGAUAUGGAUCGUGGAUUUGGUGGGAAUUCCUUUGGAGCAGCUGGAGCCGGAGGACCCGGAAGUGGUGGAGCAAACAUGAGGAAGGGAUGCCAGAUCUUUGUUAGAAAUCUGCCUUUUGAUUUCACUUGGAAAAUGCUGAAGGAUACCUUUAAUACAUGUGGUAUGGUUCAGUAUGCUGAUAUUAAAAUGGAAAAUGGAAAAUCCAAGGGCUGUGGUAUGGUCCGUUUUGACAACCCCGAAACUGCUGAGCGCGCCUGCAGAACCAUGAACGGCUAUCGCCUGAACGGAAGAGAAAUCGACGUUAGGAUUGAUAGGAAUGCUUAAUUCACAUGUCUGUGUUGCAUCAGAUUUAGUCCAUGAUGUUUAAAACGAUCUGCAUUAUCAGAUUUGUCUUUCCAGUAUACUUUGUUUAGGACAUGUUUGUAGAAUUUCAUGUUUUAGUUUCACCUUUUUAGUUAGCAAAUUAUAGCAAUGAAUGUGUUUUUAGUUUUUGGUUAUUGUACUUUUUAGUGACCAAACUUUUAAUUUUUUUUCUGUCAUGCAUCCCCUGUCAUUGCCUUUGAACUGUGAGGUGUUUUGCUAAAUAAAUCUCAAAGAUGUAUAAA